AUGGAUAUAUCUCUGUAUGAUCUUUUGCAGGUACUUAUCAUGGAUAAAGUUACUAUGAAAGUUAUGUCUGCUUCAUGCAAAAUGGCUGACAUCACAGAUCAAGGAGUUUCAUUGGUUGAACAACUUUUUAAAGGAAGGGAGCCUAUGCCUAAUAUGGAUGCCAUAUAUUACAUUCAGCCAAUUAAAGAGAACCUUAUCAUGCUUAUAUCCGACAUGUCGGGGAGAGAACCUUUGUAUAAGAAAGCGUUCAUUUAUUUUAGUUCUCCAAUCCCGAAGGAUUUUGUUAGUAAACUCAAGGCUGAUUCAAGUGUCGUACCACGCAUCGGUGCAUUGAGAGAGAUGAACUUGGAGUACUUUCCCAUAGAUAAUCAGGCAUUUGUAACCGAUGAUGAACGAGCGUUAGAAGAGAUGUACGGUGACAAUGCUGAAAAUUCUCACCAAUUUGAGGUUUCGUUAAAUACAAUGGCUACUCGCAUCGCCACCACUUUUGCUUCACUUAAGGAGCAUCCCACUGUACGCUACCGUGUGAAGGGCACAUCUGGAUCUGCAGAAACAACAUUCCGUGAUUUAGUUCCUCAAAAGCUAGCUUCGGCUAUAUGCGAACACAUUAAUACGUAUAAAACUACUAUUCCUAAGUUCCCACCAACUCAAACAUGCGAGUUGCUCAUCGUCGACAGAUCUGUUGAUCUGGUUGCACCGGUCAUUCAUGAAUGGACUUAUGAUGCAAUGUGCCAUGAUCUAGUAGACUUGGACGGAAACAAAUAUGUUAUGGAGGUCCCUAGUAAAUCUGGUGGCGAUCCGGAGACAAAAGAGUUCCUUUUGGAAGAUCAUGAUUCAGUUUGGCUUGAAAUGCGCCAUUUGCAUAUCGCUGAUGCUAGUGAAAAACUGAGUGAUAAGAUGGACAAUUUGCGGUCAAAAAACAAAGCUGCACAACUGCAACAAAAAGAUAGUAGUGAAUUAUCUACCAGAGAUAUGCAGAAACUGGUUCAAGCUUUGCCUGAAUACAACCAACAAAUGGAAAAACUCUCACUUCAUGUCGAGCUUGCUGGGAAAAUUAAUGCGAAAAUAAGUGAGUACGGGCUUAGAGAUCUCGGUCAAAUUGAGCAGGAUCUUGUCUUUGGUGAUGCUGGAUACAAAGAACUUGUUGAAUAUUUAGAAGAAAAUGAGGACGGAAAUGACGAAAAUAAAUUGAGAUUAAUGAUGAUUUAUGCAUUGGCGGAUCCUGAAAAUUUUACGGGCGAAAAAGCAACAAAGCUUAUGGAGAUGGCAAAUUUGCCCCCUGAGGAUAUGAAGAUAAUAGAAAACAUGAGAUUGCUUGAAGGACCAAAAGUAGUGAAAGAAGAAAAAAAGGGGGGUUUCCUCCAUUUUGAAAGAAAGACCAAAAAAGCACUAAGAAAGGAUAGACAAGGAGAAGAAGAAACAUGGGCUCUCUUCCGAUUUUUUCCGGUGAUAGAGGAAUUGAUCGAAAAGAUUGAAAAACAUGAGUUGCCGAAGGACGAGUACCCAUGCAUGAACGAACCAAGUUCCGGGUUAGGAGCAGCUGGUCAUGCUCCAAAGAGCAACGCGCAACAAUCACGAAGAUCGAGGAGGACACAGGCGCAUGGAAAGUUUGCUUCUGAUGAUGGAUAUUCAAGUGACUCGGUGCUAAAAAACGCCGCGACAGAUUUAAAACACAUGGGGCAGCGGAUUUUUGUUUUUAUCAUCGGUGGUGCCACUAGAUCCGAGCUGCGGGUUAUUCACAAGCUUACUACUAAACUGAGGAGAGAGGUUGUACUGGGUUCAACUAGUAUAGAUGAUCCACCACAAUACAUCACAAAAGUGAAGAUGCUUUCGAUGGCAGAACCCGAUGGUUGAUGACCAGAUGCAGCUUAUUGUUUUCGUGGGAGCUACGGUUUUCAUGGGUGCUGUGAAUCACGACGGGCUAUCUUGCUGAUCUCUUCUUAUAUUGUAUUCAUAUGGCAAAAUUUUGUAUAUAAUUAUUUUAACAAAAGAUAAAAUAAACCAAUGUAAAAGUUAUGCAUUGCAGAUGAGAAAAAUAAUUUGCUUUUGUUCUGUUUCAUCUUUGUGUGUCCCGUAUUUACGAAGAUAAUUCGAGACCAGGCAUAUAGCAUUGAGGUAGAAUACAAAGAAAUUGCGAAAAUGAGACCAUAAAAAUCUGAGUGCGAUAUACCCUUCCAACCCAGAACAACCAUUUGACUUUUACGUUGACUUCUAAGAAACCGAAAAAAUUAAGUAAAACAGCAACCAAAAUGGAAAUAAUUCCGGUAACGGGUUCUCUUGGUUACCAAAAUAAGAAAUCAAAAACUGUGUGCCCUCGUUAUUGUUUGAUGGUUAAACGCUAAAAGCUGAAAAAAAUAGAAGGGGCGCUACAUACUGCUGAACCUUGUACAGGAAUCAAGAAAACAAAAAGAAUAACAUUUGACAUACCUUCAUGGUACAGAUCAACUACCAAAAACUUUACGCUGCAACAGUCGCUUCUUUGGCGCCUUUUCCCUCUUCCUCCAACUCCUUAACCGCUCUUAUAAGCGAUUUUGUAAUCCCGUUCAGAUGCAAACCCUUUUUCGUCAUUUCCUCCAUUAACUUCUCCGCCAUUACCCAAUCAGCCGCUUUCAAACAAAGAGAUUGAAUCAAUUUAUUAUACUCGUCAGUAUUCGGCCGAACCCCAUACUCCUCCAUUUCCUCCAAUAACUUCACCGCCUUUCCGAAUUGCUCAAGUUUACAAUACCCGCGAAUAAUCGUAUGGUAAAUGACAGGUGUCAGCUUGCAGUGAUUCUUUUUAGCCUCGGUUAACAUUUUGGAAGCUUCUUCCAUUUCACCACCCUUUGCGUA